ACGUCGCGCGUUGCGUUCUUUUUUCGCAUUCUUUUGCGUGUUCGGUUGGUGACGAACGUUUCAGUUCUGUUUCGCCAGAAAAGUGUAAACGAUUGCAAUAAAUUUAGUUGAUAUUCCUCCGGAAAACCGCAAUGGACGGCACCAGCAAACAAUUAAUCGGCGACUGCUUCCUGCGGACCAUCGUGGACGCCCGGUCGACGAAUGCCCCGAUCGAACCUCCGCCGACGAAGGCCCCGGUCAAGGUGGAACUGCAGGUGCUUCGGCUGAAGCACGACUCACAGGAGAUGGUGAUGGAUACGCUGCGGGCGAUCCACGGCGACUCGUUUCAGCUGGGGGAUAUAUCGUUGUACGAGGACCAGGGCGGACGGAUGAAGAAAGCGUACUGGAAGGAUCGAGGGAACCUGGUGAUCCAGGGGGGUUGUGACUUUUCGGACGUGAAGAAGACGGGGAACUCGAGCGAGGAUAAGUUCCGGAUGUACGCGCUGAUCAAGCUGGGGAGCUAUGGAUUUGCGAAGGGACACUGCGAGGAAGCGCUGGAUCACUGCAAGGGUGAUGUGGACGAUGCGUUGGCGUUGCUGUUCGAGAAGUAUUUUCCGCCGCCGGUGGAUUUGUUGGAGCGGGAGUGUGACUUUGGGGAGGAAGAGUUGGAGCAGAUGCGAGCGGAUGAGAAGGAAGCUCUGGAAUCGAUCUACGAUCGGUUGUUUGUGGAGAAGGAGCGGAAGCGGGUGUGGCAGCUGAAGUUCAAGAUUGACCACUUGAUGGCGCACAGUCCGUCGGAGGUGAGGAAGAUGGAACAGCAGCGGAAGAAGGAAGCGGAGGAGGAGGAACGGAAGCGGCAGUUGGCCGGGAGGAAGAAGAAACCGAAGAAGGAGCCCUGCUGGAACUUUGCCAAAGGGAAGUGCAGGUAUGGGAAUAAGUGCUACUUUUCGCAUGGUUCCGAUUCCGAGGGAGAGGAGUCUUCGUCCAAGGAGAAGAAGGACAAACCGGAAGAGGACCCAAAUUGGUUCUUUUUGGAGAUUCGGUUUCCAAAGCAGAGCAAGUAUCCUUAUGAAGCGCCGUUGGUGUUCCUGAAAACGACCUGCGCGGACAUUCCUCAGCAGUUGAUGUUGAGAAUUUGUAGGAGAUUGGUUCAAGAAUCGCUGUCCAUCACCCAGGAUGGCAUGCCUUGUGUGUAUUCCAUAGCGGAACUGCUUCAGAACGACGAGGAAAUUGAUCGGUUUAUCGAGCUGGAUCGGUACCAGUUUCCGGAUCCUCGCCGGUCCUUAUUCUACCAACCGGAAGUGGACGAAAUGAACAAUCUCAAGAUCGAAGACCUUCCCAGUCACAAUCAGAUGGGCAUCACAAGCCGAACAUCCGGUCCCAAGACAAAUCCAGAACAGCUUCGGAAGGAGGAUUUGAACAUCAUCCGGAAAUUCAUGGACAAACAGAAUAAUGGUGCUUACAAAGACAUGCUACGACACCGGAAACAACUUCCGGCGUGGAGCAAAAUGAGCGACAUCAUUGAGGCCAUGGAGUCCCACUCGGUCCUGGUGAUCAGCGGAGAAACCGGUUGCGGUAAGUCCACCCAAGUGCCUCAGUUUAUCCUGGACAAUUGGCUCUUCCAGUCGUCCAAGCUGGACGGAAAAGUCCCCCACGUGGAAAUCAUCUGCACCCAACCAAGGCGAAUCUCCGCCAUCGGAGUCGCGGAACGAGUGGCGGAGGAACGGGUCGAGAAGGUCGGAAACACCGUCGGUUACCAAAUCCGACUGGAAAACAAAAUCUCCUCUUCCACCCGUCUCACCUUCUGCACCACCGGAAUUCUCCUGCGGCGGCUUCAAUCCGAGCCCAUGCUGUCCAACGUCACCCACAUCCUGGUGGACGAAGUCCACGAACGGUCCGAGGAAUCCGACUUCCUGCUCCUGAUCCUUAAGCAACUCCUAGAAAAGCGUUCCGACCUUAAAGUGAUCCUCAUGUCGGCCACUCUCAACUCGAAUCUGUUCUCGUCGUACUUCGGUGACGUCCCCGUACUGGACAUUCCCGGUCGGACCUUCCCCGUAGAGCAACUCUUCCUGGAGGAUAUCCUCGAGAAAAGCGGCUUUGUACUGGAAGCCGAUUCGCAGUUUUGUCGCAAGCUGCGGAAAGGCGAGGAGGAACAGCUACUGCAGGAGUUGGAAUACGCGGACGUAAAAGCUGCGAAUGCCGCUCCGGCCAAAACAAUCAAGGACGAGAACCUCAAGAUGGCCGACAUGUUUGCGAGGUACUCCGAUUACUCCAAAGCAACGUGCAAAACCCUCUAUCUGAUGGACCCGCUCCGCAUCAACCCGGAACUGAUCGAACACGUUCUGCGGUACAUCGUCGAAGGCACCGAUCAUGGUUGGCCCCAGGAGGGUUCCAUCGUCAUUUUCCUCCCGGGUCUGGCAGAAAUCCAAACCAUCCACGAAGCCCUCAGCGACAGCAAACUGUUCGGUCCUCGCGAAAACAAAUUCAUCCUGGUUCCGCUACACUCCACCCUAACCAACGAAGAACAGGCCCUAGUUUUCCGAAAAGCCCCCAAGGGCAAGCGGAAAAUCGUCCUCAGCACCAACAUUGCCGAAACGUCGGUCACCAUCGACGAUUGUGUGUUUGUGAUCGACUGUGGCCAGAUGAAGGAAAAACGCUUCGACUCGAACCGAAACAUGGAAUCGCUGGACGUUGUGUGGGUCUCCCGAGCGAAUGCCCUCCAGCGGAAGGGUCGUGCCGGACGUGUCAUGCCCGGAGUCUGCAUCCAUCUGUUCACGAGACCUCGCUUCACGAAUCAUAUUCUCGGACAGCCCGUACCGGAAAUCCACCGGAUACCUCUGGAACCGCUGCUGUUGCGGAUCAAAACGCUGGAAACUUUGCAGGGCAGUUCGCUGAAGGAUGUUCUGAUGGGAACGAUCGAGCCACCUUCGGAGGAGAACAUCGAGGCGGCCAAGAAACGGUUGAUCGACGUGGGAGCUUUCGAUUUGGGCGAGAACCUGACUUCGCUGGGGCAUCAUUUGGCCACGCUUCCGGUGGACGUUCGGAUAGGUAAACUCAUGCUUUUCGGAGCCAUCUUCCAGUGCCUAGACAGCGUCCUAACCAUCGCCGCUUGCCUCAGCUACAAGAGCCCCUUCGUGUCCCCGUUCACGAAAAGAGACGAAGCGGACAGCCGGAAACGCCAAUUCGGCAUCGCCAACAGUGACCAUUUGACGAUGCUCAACGCCUACCGGAAGUGGAAGGAAACUACCAAGCGAAGUCGAUACGCCGCCCAUUGCUACGCCGAGGAGAACUACUUGUCCACGAAAACCCUCCAAACGAUAGGUGAAAUGAAGUAUCAAUUCUUGGAACUCCUGGUCUCCAUCGGCUUCGUCCCGAUCGAUCUCAGCGGUCGCCGGGGGAAGUUCGUCAAAGACGAACUCCUGGAGCUCACCGGAUCCGACAUCAACUCCAACGGAGAAAACAACCGCCUGCUGGCCGCUAUCCUCUGCGCCGCCCUCUACCCCAAUGUGAUCAAGGUCCUCACCCCGGAAAAGUCCUUCAUCAGCGGAGCCGGCGGUGCCGUCCCUCGACUUCCGCAACCGUCCGACCUGCGGUUCAAAACCCAACAGGAUGGAUACGUAUUCCUACACCCCUCAUCCAUCAACUCCAAAUUCGGCCACUUCAACUCUCCCUUCCUAGUCUACCAGGAAAAGGUCAAAACCUCGCGGAUCUACAUCCGGGAAACGACGAUGGUCCCCCUGCUUCCCUUGGUCCUCUUUUCCGGCAGUGACCUACGGAUAGAACUGCACGGAGGAGAUUUCGUCAUUUUGCUGGAAGAUGGUUGGAUUGCGUUGCAGGCCGAAACGCACCAGGUGGCGGAGAUGAUGAAGUUCCUGCGGCUCGAGUUGGCCAAAAUGCUGGAGUUGAAGAUUAGCGACCCGUUGCUGAAUUUGGCGAAUCACGAACAAGGACGCAAAGUGAUCGGGACGAUUGUGCAGUUGAUAACGAAGGAGUAGGGUUGAUUUUUGGAUAUGUGACUAUAACGUACUGUUAGUGUAAUUAUUGUAUCCCAGUUACUUGUACUUUGUAUACAAAUUGUUGUGCUAAUGAAACAUAAGCUGUAAAUGUAUAUUGAAUUAUAUUUAUUAUUAUAU